AUGUCGCGCAGAGCGAGCGGAAACGAUCGGGACGACGGGGACGCGCUCGACCGUCAGUCGUUCGCGGACACGGACGGGGAUUCCGUGCGCGAGCGAUCGUGGUCGCGAGAGGACGCACCGAGCGCGACGACGUCGACGAGCGAGGAACGGGGGAAGGUUGAGCCGUUCGGGAGCAGUAGCGAGGAACGUCGGACGCGGGUACCGGGUAAAAUGAGCGGGUUGACGAGUUCGGGGAAGGGUGUUCACGGUAGAGCACGAAUGACAGCGUACGAAGCGAUGUUAAGGGAGUCGUCGAUGCGAUCGAAGCAGAACGCGCCCUCGCCCGUGGAGCUCGAAAAACAGAGCUCGUUUGAGCGACAAAAGACAAUCAAACGCGAGGCAAAGAAGGAGAGGGCACGAAGACAGAAGAGCGAGCGACGGAAACGAAAAGAACAGACGACGUAUAAGCGAAGUAAAUUCGCGAUAUCGCCGCAGCACGCGAUUUUGCAGCGAUGGGAAGGUUGCAUGAUGUUGUUGUUGUGCUACACGGCAAUCGUGACGCCGGUUGAAGUCGGCUUCUAUGAGCCAAAGGUCAACGCGAUUUUCUACGUCAAUCAAGUCGUCACCGCGUCGUUUAUCAUUGAUCUCAUCUUGAACUUUUUCACCGCCAUCGUGCACCCGAGGACGGGACUGCUCGUGUACAACCUCAACUACAUCGCGCAGCGGUACUUGAAGAAGUGGUUCAUCAUUGACUUUGUCUCGUGCAUUCCAUUCGACGCCAUGUACUUGGGCGUAGGCGGCGUCUUACCCGGAUUCGCCAGUCUCGGCGCGCUUCGAACGCUACGCUUACUCAGAUUGGUCAAACUUGUGCGGGCUUUCCGUGUGAGUCGUUUGUAUAAAAACUUGGAACUCAAGUACAGUCUCGAUUACUCGCUCAUCGAGCUCGUGAAGUUUGGCAUAACCGCGGUGAUGUUCGCCCACUGGUUGGCCUGUGGCUUCGGUUUGGUCGAGGACCUAGAGAGAGCCUCUUACUCCUGGUCGCGGCUAACCGAUUUCGGUGGCGUCGUAGUUGGAGUUGAUGGUGGUGACCCUCGCGAAAUCGUCGGGUCGUUCCGUCUGUACUUGGCCGCGUUGUACUGGUCUACAAUGACCAUCUCCACGAUUGGUUACGGUGAUAUCGUUCCAGUGACGAGUGGCGAGCGCGUUUACGUCAUCAUUGCCAUGCUUAUCGGCGCGUUCGAGUAUGGUUACAUCGUAGGGGCAGUGUCGAACGUCAUCGCGACGAGAAACGAGAAGACAAAUAAAUUUCAAGCGCUCAUGCGCGACUUGAACUCCUUCAUGGGAGAAAACAGAUUUCCACCCUCCUUGUGCGUGCGUCUCCGCGAAUAUUUCAGGUAUCAGCUGGAAGGAUCUGAUGAGGAGAUGUACAAACGUCUCCUGCUCAAGAUGUCACCGGCGUUGCGAGGAGAGUGUUCGAUCCGAAUGAACACGUGGAUCAAGCAUGUCAAUUUCUUCAAAGGAUGCCCAGAAGAAUUCGUCACUCACCUCUCAACUCGCGUCGUCGAACACGCGUUUCCGCCCGAGGAAACGUUGUUCAGCAUCGGCGAUAACGUCACAACGCUCUUUGUCAUCCGUCGAGGGCUCGUUAAUGUCGCGGGCGUGAUCAGAACUUCAGGCAAAACGAUUGCAGAGGAAGCGCUUUUCACAACGUCGCCAAUGGUAUACAGCGCGCGAGCCGUGACGUACGCUGAUAUUUACACCCUCGAGCGAGAUGAUUUCCACGCGGCACUCGAGCCAUUCCCAGCCACAAAGAGAUACUUCAAGCUCAGGGGCGUAAAGAAGGUCUUCAGGGAUGAAAUUUUGGCGUUUUCAAAGGCGUAUUACGCCCUCAAGGAGAAAGGAAUCGACGCGGAUCUUUCAGGGGAGAUAAACGAUCGGCCGGAGUUUUAUUUGCGAAAAUUACGGAUUAUUUACGGAGAAGACGGUGAAGGGUUGGAUGAUCCUAAGAUUCUCGAGGCGAAAACGAAAGCGGCGAUCGUGAUUCAGAAGCGUUUCAGAGGCAUGCUUCAUCGUGUGAUGAUGCACGGUGCGCUCGUUGAGCGAGACGUACACGGUAUUUUCCACAAGAUGCUGCGCGAGCGCGACCCCGUGAGUUACACGGCGCGGGCCAUCGACGUGUUUCACUGGCGUCUAGCGUACUCUCUGACGGAGGUGCAUCGAAAGUUGAACUCGCUGCUGGACUACAACGAAAUUGAGGAGGAGGCAACUGAAGUGAAGGCGGACGCUUCUCUCAUGGCGAACGCUCUCGCAGCGGCUUCUGGCAAGGUCAUGCUACACACGCGCUCCAAACAGAAGACUGCGGGUACACCCGGUGAACGUUCUCCGCGAAUCAGCGCCGGGGGCUGGAUGACGUCGGGAUCUGAGAGCGCGCUUCAAACGUUGCAGUCUCGAGUCGACGAGCUCACCAACCGCCUGGUCCCACUAGAUCGAAGAAUUACGAACUCGCAGGCGAAGCAAACCGCCGCAUUGGUCGAGACGAAUGAGCGCCUAAACGAGCUCGCGACGCAGCUCGAAGCGCUCGUAAAACUCACUGUGACUAGCAUGGAGUCCGGGAUAGCCGAGGCCAGGGUGACAGCGCGCACCAGACCGAGACGCGCUCUCUCACCUCCCCCAGCCUCUGAGGCCUCAAAAUGGUAA